ACUUGUACGGAACAGCCGCUCCAGCCUUUAUUUUUCACUCUGCAGUCUGAAACUGGCGUAAAAGUUGCGACUUGCGAACUCCGGAACUCGCAGGAUUGUUGGUCCUUAUUACAGCUUGCGUCUCCAUUCGUGAUAACUGAUAACAUUCCCUUUAUUCAAUAUUUUAUUCCCGUUUGCCAAUUAAUUGUGAAACAAUGGAUAUGGACGUUGAACAGCUGAGCAGCAGCUUGAUAACAGACGACGAAGAUACUCCGAAAAACCAGCGCACGAUUCCGACGCAGCCCAAUAUCGACAAAAAGGACGGUGGAGAAAACCCAGAAAAGCGAAAGAAUCCGCGACCUCCAUGGGGUAAUAUCAACCAUCCAGGACUGGCAACGGUAUAUCUGCCCCACAACCAGCUGGUCCAUGAACCGCUGCGUCCUCUGCGUGUGCAGCUGCUUCCCAGCGAGGACCAGGCCAGCAAAGCCAGCGGGCCGUUUGGAUGGAAGGGCUUGUUUGAUGAGAUCCAGCGUAAGCCGCAGCUGCAGCGGGAAUUGAGCAGCAUGAUGGCCAAGAUCAUCCAGAGCGUUGACCGGACUCCUCCCUACAAGGUGCAAGCCAAAUGGGCCCCCCUGCACUACAUCGACGCCUGCUGGGACAAUGGCCUCGUGCAGGAAGAUCCGCAGGCAGCUGGACGGACAGUGGACGAGUCGCUUGAAUUUUCGGAGAACAAAACACCCCAUAAGUCAAAAGCCGAAGAAGUUGGCAAAGAAGAAAACCCACAACCAGCGUCUGCAAGCUUCACUCUCGAGAAAGCCUUGCGUCGUGAAGCUGCGUUGCUAAAACAGUUCAGGGAAUUCGUGAGAAGCAAGCCGCUGGACGACGUCAAUGUCUACCGGCUUGCCACACCGACCAAUGAUGUGCGCGUAUACGUACAGGCGUAUCUGUACGAGGUUCUGCCGUAUAAGAAGAUUUUUGGCGGUAAUUACAACUGGAAGAUAUUUUGCCGCGGCCUCCAUGACUACCUGGCGGUCGGCCGCGGGGAAUUUAUUUCCGUGUUGCAUGUGAUCGCUGGGACGCGAUUUAGCGAUAUCCCGUGGCUGAAACAGACGGAUGCAGAGCGGAGUCAGUUGUUUUAUGCGGGAUUUAUUUUCUGGGUUUAUGAUCGCCUGGUGAAUCCGUUGGUCAAUCGACUGUAUUACGUGACGUUGACCAAUUUCCGGAGGAAUGAAUAUGUUUUUUAUCGACGGGAGAUUUGGGAUGAGUUAGUGCGUGCGGCGGUGCGAGAAAGAAUUGAUAAGAAUUUUUGGGUGAAACUAGACAUGCCCAGUCAGCACAGUGACGAGGAGCUUUUCCUGAUGCGCCGUUCGGCAGUUUAUCGACCGCGAUUUGUACCCAAGCCAAAUGGGAUCCGACCUCUUAUGGUGCUUGAUUCGUCAUUCCCACAACUAGCCGAAGACGAGACGAAAUGUCUUGCGUUGAAAAAAGUGAAACUUGCAACCGACUGCUUGGCGGCGCGAUAUUUCGAGAAAGGCUUUGGUUGUCAGAGUGACAAAGACAUCCAGGCUGUUUGGCAGAAAUUUCGCGCUGAACGACUGCAAAAACAGGACACCCGGCCUCUGCUGUUCCUUGCUUUCGAUAUUUCACGGGCUUAUGAGUCAGUGAACACCGGUGCAAUAAAGACCUUCUUCGAACAAUUGUAUGAUAAAUGCGAGAAGGAUGGAAUAAAAGCCGUCGCGGUGUAUGACUUGUUCCGUGCAAAUGCUGCUGCGGGAGAAGAAUACCGCAAAUCGUCCCCGCGAUUUCGUGUGGUUAUUCAGGGAGAACCGGUUGAUGACUGCUGUCGGGGUUUAAAGCCACAAAUACUGCCACUGGAGAGAGUUUUAAGUUCUGUGUUCCACUAUAUGAAAAUACCCAUUUUUAAGUACAAGGGAAAUUGGUAUGAGUUCAACCUCGGCGUUCCACAAGGCGCUCCCGCAUCUGGUUGGCUGUUGAAUCUGUAUUUGAGUAUUUUGGAAAGGGACAUGGAUUUCCACGUCCAGGAGGAUGAGAUGCUGGUGCGCUUCUUCGAUGACAUUUUGUUUAUUACGCCUUAUCCGGAUCGUCUGAAGUUAUUUGCGCGAGCGUACACUAUCUUUUACAAAAAAUACGGCCUUACGAUAGCACCACGGAAAACGCACAGAAACAUUCCGCUGCCGAUAUCUAACCAUUCCAGUCUGGAAGCGUCAGCUCUGCUACAUGGCGGAAAUAACCAUGAAGGUCAGACCACAAUGUCGUGGUAUGGUUGGCUGUUUGAUUUGGCCGCUAUGGGCAUCAGCGUCGACAUGGAACGUUUCGUGGCCGUGAAUCUCAGUUACACCGUGCCGGUCUUGGAGACGUACUGCGAUCGGGUCCACGAAACCAUCGUGUCGUCAGUGCGGGGCAAAUACUGUCCGAUCAUGCUGGACUUGGCCAGUUCCCCGCGAGCGUGCAUCGUGCAGAACAUUUAUUAUAUGUUUCUGCUAGCGGGAAUGCGGAUGUUGGCCUAUUGGAAACGCAUGCGGCGAAUUGCCCGCAGUCGGCGCCAAGUGGGCCUGCUGUUGGACAAUGUGAGCACUGCGUUGAUCAAGUCGAUUUUGCGACAGUUGAUGCCGCAGGAAGCGAUGGGAUUGCUCCUUGAGUUCCGAGUGGAGGGUCUGGCGUGGAUUGCGUGGGCACAAGUGCUCGGAAGCGAAGUGAGUGGGAAUGUGCUGUCGCGUCGCUGUAAGCGCGUGGUCCGGGAAGGUUGCGUUAAAAGAAUGCGACAGAUGAAUCUGUACGAUACAUUAGACACGUGGGGGAUUCGGGAAUUGAUGGGUGAUCAGCCCCGAAAAUGGCCGGAGGAGUUUGCCAGAUUGGCCAGUAUUUUGUUCAACAGGGAAUGACUGCCCUGGUCGCUCAAGUUUUUUCUCGAUCUGUUGUUUAGCUUCUGUGUAAAUGACUGCUUGUUUAAGUGUUUUUAAGCGCACUAAGUAUGUAGAAUCAGGCAUGAGCUGAAUUGUUGGUUUGAUUAGAUUGAGCGUUUUUUAUUUCUUCGAAACUGUUCUUUAUGUAGCACCAUAACAUUACUGCACUUCUUGAACUUGCGCUUGUAAAUUUUACUAUCUUAGUUUUUUUUGUAAUGAUGGUUUGUGAAAUGCAUGUAGUAAAUACAUCCACAUGUAGUAAAUUGUGCUUCGUUG